UUUAAGUGUGAAGUGAACCUAUGAUCUGAAGCAUGCGCUUCAAUGCAGAGGAUACUGUGUUUUUAUUUCUAUUAGAGUCCUUCUACUUCUAGUGUCAUUUCUCAGAUGUCGAAUCAGCCCAAAAUGUAAGGCAUCCUCGAGUCACCUACCGUUCGCCACGAUGACGUCAAAGACCAUGUGGUUUCUCGGCCGAUUAAAGCAUCGACACAGGGGAGUUUCACAACUGAGCAGUUUUGUGAGGUCUGCGUCAUGUGCAGCAGAGGGCGCUGUUGCUCCUCCAGUAGAUUCCAGUGUCACAGCAGAGCAGGCAGUCAGACUGUGGGCAGAACACUUCACACUGCACGGCAUCUCUGAGCCCCUUCUGUCCAGUCACUACAUCAUAGCUCAUGUACUUGGCAGAAAAACGUUGGAUGGGGUGGACAGGAGACAGCUGAAAGACCCACUGACUGACACACAGAGAGGGAGCGUGUGGAAACUAUGCACUAAACGUCUAACAAGUAUGCCAAUACAGUAUGUGAUAGAGGAGUGGGACUUCAGAGAUCUUACCUUGAAGAUGAAGCCCCCAGUGUUCAUACCCCGUCCUGAGACAGAGGAGCUGGUUGGUCUGGUUCUAGAAAACCUCCGGUUAAUACGAGGGGAGUCCUACGGGACUGAUUUACAAUGUCUAGAAUUUGGCUGUGGAUCUGGAGCCAUCUCGCUCAGUUUACUACACAGCAUUCCACAGCUCAGGGUAUUUGCGUUGGACCAAAGCCAGGCAGCAGUUUGUCUUACGAUGGAAAAUGCCAACAGAUUGGGUUUACAGGACAGACUAGAAGUUCAGCAUUUAGAUGUGAUGGGCGAUACAGAUGCACUACUAAGCAAAUGCGGCCCUGUCCACUUUCUAGUCAGCAACCCCCCCUACCUGCUCACUCAGGAGAUGCAGUCUUUGCAAACGGAGAUACUCAGGUUUGAAGACCACGCGGCAUUGGACGGGGGUUUGGACGGCUUGUCUGUGAUUCGCUCAAUUCUGGUUUUAGCCUCUAAGCUCUUAAUAGAGAGAGGGCGUGUUUACAUCGAGGUUGCCCCAUGUCAUCCUCCGGUCAUUCGGCAGAUGAUAGAGGAGAUGAUGCCGGGGUUACUUUAUCUGGAAACCCGCUGUGACCUCACUAACAGGCCACGAUUCUGCAUUAUACAGAGGAGAGCGUGACAAAAACAAAGGACAAAGACAUUAGGAAAGAGCAGAGAUGAAUGGUUAAAGGGUGGAUAAAUAAAACAAGAACAGAAAUAUUACAUUAAUAAGCAGAGAUUCUAUCAUUAGGAAUUGCCAGUAUUAGUGGCCUUUACCAAAUUGUUGAUUUGGUAAACACCUGGCUGUCCCGCCAGCUCCCAGCAUGCACUGCUUUUCGAAGAAUUAAGAACCUGCCGGCCCUACUGAGAAACCUCCUCCUGAAAUCCGGCAACUGUGCGGUUCUGUUUGUUCAACCUAGUGUUGUUUUUUACGUUUGCGCGCGUUUUAAUUGGUAAGCGUACGUGUGGUUGUGGUGAGAUUGCAUUGAUUGCGAGUAUGCUCUCAGCGUGCAAGUGUCAGUGUGCAGUAGGCUGAAGGUAAUUAUUGAGGCCUUUUCUAAGAACUCCCCCUCCCAGUCGCGCACUAGUCUCUCCCUAGAAGUAAUGCGCUCGUUCUGCGAAACAGCUGGCCCAGUGCCGCCAGCACGCUUACUCAGCUAGCCCACAAAUACAGACAAACAGACAACCUGACAUGCCCCGCCAAGAUAAUGUAUGAAAGUGCACACAAUAGCUGUCUGUUGUAGUCUAUGAAUGAGUGACACAGAAUUACAUGCACACAUGUUGUUGUUUUCAGUCCUGUUGUUUAAUAAAAAAUGUUUUUCUUGAUUAUUUCUGUAGACUUUUUGUAGACUUCUUUUGAUUAAAUUUGUUGUUUACUUUGUUAAAU